AUGCCCCCCAGAAAGAGCAAUGUCUCGACUGCAGCCGCAGAAGACUCUCCGAAACCUCCACCCAAAGCAGCAAGAGACGAAGACGACGGCCUCAGCGACCUUAACCUCCCCAAGUCGAUUGUGCAGCGGCUGGCAAAGGGCGUUCUCCCGCCGAACACGCAGAUCCAGAAAGAUGCGCUGCUUGCCAUGUCCAAGGGCGCGACCGUAUUCGUGAACUACCUCACGUCGACCGCCGCCGAGCAUGCCGCCCGCAGCGGCAAGAAGACCGUCAUGCCUAAGGAUGUCUUCGACGCACUGCAAGAGCUGGAGUUUGACUUCAUGCUGCAGCGGGUCGAAGCCGAAGUCCACAAGUUCACCUCGAUACAGGCCGACAAGCGCAAUACGUACCGGAAGAAGGUGCGCGAGGAGAAGAAGGCAGCCAAGGGCGAGCCGACCAACGGGGCCGCCGAAGACGAACAGCCGCCCACGAAGAGGGCGAGGAGGUCGGACGGUGCCGCAGGCGCGCCGUCGGAUGAGGAUGAUGUGGAUGAGACAGUGGAAGACGUCGAGCAGGAGGACGAGGACGUCGAGGACGACGAGGUAGACGAGGAAGCGCCCGAGGAGGAGCCCACCGAGGACCUGCUGGAAGAGAGGGAGAAAGAGGCAUCAGACGAUGACAUGGCGGAUGGAGACGAGAGCGACUGA